UCGCUCUUCUCUUAAUACCCGUCUUUCUUAAACCAUCGCAUCGUGCACGGCGGUUGCUUUGUUUCUUGACGCUCGACUCUCGCUUGCAGCAUACGGAUCGGUAGACCUCCCGCGUACCAGCUAGGCUUUUGUAGGCAGGAUGUCAAGCUUCACACCGGUCAACCCAAAGCCAUUCUUGGCAUCAAUGACUGGAAAACAAGUGUUGGUGAAGCUCAAGUGGGGGAUGGAGUACAAGGGGUUCCUCGUCAGCACGGAUAGCUACAUGAACUUCCAGCUGGCAAACACAGAAGAGUUUCAGGAUGGCAAGUCAAAUGGGAUGCUUGGAGAGGUCUUCAUUCGGUGUAACAAUGUGCUAUAUCUAAAAGAGAUUGGCGAGGAGGCAAUAUAGGCUGAGGCCCUUGGGUCCUUCUCUUGUAAUUGUACCGCAGUAAAAUGUGUCUGAGCAUACCUGACAAAUUAUGAUACAGGG